UGAUCUAGUGUCCUGAUUUUCAUUAUGGGGAAAGAGAAGAUCCACAUUAACAUCGUGGUCAUUGGACACAUUGACUCUGGCAAGUCUACGACCACAGGUCAUCUGAUAUACAAAUGUGGUGAGAUCGAUAAAAGGACUAUCGAGAAAUUUGAAAAGGAAGCGGCCGAGAUGGGUAAGGGGUCAUUUAAAUAUGCAUGGGUCCUGGACAAACUGAAGGCAGAACGAGAGCGUGGUAUCACCAUAGACAUAUCUCUGUGGAAGUUUGAGACUACAAAGUAUUACAUUACAAUUAUAGAUGCCCCUGAACACCGAGACUUUAUCAAAAAUAUGAUUACUGGUACUUCUCAGGCUGACUGUGCAGUAUUAAUUGUUGCUGCUGGUGUUGGAGAGUUUGAAGCUGGCAUUUCAAAGAAUGGACAGACGCGUGAACAUGCACUGCUUGCAUACACUCUGGGAGUGAAGCAGCUAAUAGUUGGCGUUAACAAAAUGGAUUCUACAGAGACACCCUACAGCCAGAAAUGUUUUGAUGAGAUUACAAAGGAAGUUGGUGCUUACAUAAAGAAGACUGGUUAUAACCCUGUCACUGUGGCCUUUGUGCCAUUUUCUGGUUGGCAUGGGGAUAACAUGCUGGAACCCAGUACAAAGAUGACUUGGUUCAAAGGCUGGAAGAUUGAAAGGAAGGAGGGUGGUGCUAAUGAUACAACUUUGCUUGAAGCUCUAGAUUCAAUUUUGCCCCCUACUCGUCCCACAGACAAGCCACUUAGACUGCCCCUUCAAGAUGUUUACAAAAUUGGAGGUAUUGGUACAGUCCCAGUGGGUCGAGUGGAAACAGGAGUGCUGAAGCCUGGCAUGGUUGUGACUUUUGCACCAGUUAACCUUUCUACAGACGUAAAGUCAGGAGAAAUGCACCAUGAAGCCUUACAGGAAGCACUGCCUGGUGACAAUGUUGGCUUCAAUGUUAAGAAUGUAUCUGUGAAAGAGAUCAGACAUGACAAUGUUGCAGGAGACAGCAAAAAUGAUCCUCCACUGGAAGCUGGCAACUUUACUUCACAGGUUAUAAUCUUGAACCAUCAUGGCCAAAUUGGUCCUGGAUACUCGCCUGUGCUGGAUUGCCAUACUGCUCAUAUUGCCUGUAAGUUUGCUGAGCUGAAAGAAAAGAUUGACAGACGUUCUGACAAGAAAUUGGAAGAUAAUCCAAAAUUUCUGAAGUCUGGGGAUGCUGCUAUUGUGACUAUGAUACCAGGCAAGCCUAUGUGUGUUGAAAACUUCUCUGCCUAUCCACCACUGGGUCGUUUUGCUGUUAGUGAUAUGAGGCAAACGGUUGCUGUUGGUGUGAUCAAGGCAGUUGAUAAAAAGACUGGAGGAGCAGCCAAGGUAACAAAGUCUGCAGCAAAAGCUGCUGCAAAUAAAUUAAUUGGUCUUUGGGGGACUGUUUGCUCAAGAGCAGAAGUCCUGAAUCCUGUGGUAAAAGACUGGUUAAUAUUGAUAAAGAUGCAUCCAAAGAAUUUUCAGAGGAAAAAGGAUGGUCCUGACAGUGGCACUGUGGAAUUCCUAUCACCUGAUGUCAGAGUAUCGGUAGCCUGGGAUGAUGAUGGUGGUGUUGAAGAGAUACAUUCUGGGGGUGUAGAGGAUGCUGUAGAGUUUUACGUGAUCACAGAGAUAAUAGCUGUAAAUGUAGUAGCUUUCUAUGUGAUCACAGUGACAAUAUCUACAGAUGUAGUAGAUUUCUAUGUGAUCACAGAAACAAUAGUUGUAUAUGUAGUAGCUUUCUAUGUGAUCACAGUGACAAUAUCUACAGAUGAAGUAGCUUUGUAUGUGAUCACAGUGACAAUAUCUACAGAUGUAGUAGCUUUCUAUGUGAUCACAGACACAAUAGCUGUAAAUGUAGUAGCUUUCUAUGAGAUCACAGUGACAAUAUCUACAGAUGUAAUAGAUUUCUAUGUGAUCACAGAAAUAGUUGUAAAUGCAAUAGCUUUCUAUGUGAUCACAGUGAAAAUAUCUAUAGAUGUAGUAGCUUUGCAUGUGAAAACAGAGAAAAUAGUUGUAAAUGUAGUAGCUUUCUAUGUGAUCACAGUGACAAUAUCUACAUAUGUAGUAGAUUUCUAUGUGAUCACAGAAACAAUAGUUGUAUAUGUAGUAGCUUUCUAUGUGAUCACAGUGACAAUAUCUACAGAUGUAGUAGCUUUCUAUGUGAUCACAGUGACAAUAUCUACAUAUGUAGUAUAUUUCUAUGUGAUCACAGAAACAAUAGUUGUAAAUGUAGUAGCUUUCUAUGUGAUCACAGUGACAAUAUCUACAGAUGUAGUAGACUUGUAUGUGAUCACAGAGACUAUAGAAAAGUUUGACUUGACAUAA